ACACUGCCUGUUCCUUCCCCCCUCACAGAUAUGCAAGCGUGCUGAUGGGUGUAAUCAGCAUGUGAUAGGGCAGGAGCUGACGAGCCGUAUUCAGUGAAGAUUUGCAAAUGAACAGGAACAAAAGGGACAGAGAGCUGUUUUGAGUCAGACCACAGACUUGUUUCCGUUCAGGGAAACUCACAGGCCUUCACUACCACGAGGUGUAAUGUCUCAGAAAAGAGUUAAGCUGAACCAUGAGACUUCCUGUUGUUCAAUCUGUCUGGAUCUACUGAAGGAACCAGUGACUGUUCCCUGUGGACACAGCUACUGCAUGGACUGUAUUCAAAGCUUCUUGGAUAAAGAGGAUCUGAAGAAAAGCCGCAGCUGUGCUCAAAGUAGCAAGAGCUCCACACCGAGGCCUGUCCUGGAGACAGACACCAUGUUAGCAGUCUCAGCUGCAGCAGAGAGGGCUGAGAGGCAGAGAGAGCUGGAGGCGAGUCUGAAAAAAAUUGAGCAGAGAAUCCAGAAUGCAGAGAAAGACAUGAAAGUGCUUCGGCUGGAGAUGGAGAAAAUUAAUGACUCUGCUGAUAAAGCAGUGGAGGACAGUGAGGAGAUCUUCACUGAGCUGAUCCGUCUUACCAAGAAAAAAAGUUCUGAUGUGAAGCAGCAGGUCAGAUCCCAGCAGAAAACUGAGGUGAGUCGAAUCAGACAGCUUCAGGAGAAGCUGGAGCAGGAGAUCACUGAGCUGAAGAGGAAAGAAGCUGAGCUGAAGGAGCUCUCACACACAGAGGAUCGCAUCCAGUUUUUACAAUAUGAUCUCUCAUUUACAAGUCUCAGUGAAUCAUCAGAGCUACCCAGCACCAAAAUCCGUCCUCUGAGGUACUUUGAGGAUGUGACAGCGGCUGUGUCAGAAGGCAGAGAUAAACUACAGGACGUUCUGAGAGAGAAAUGGACAAACAUCUCACAGCCAGUGACUGAAAUGGAUGUGCUUACCACAAAUCCACAACCAGAGCCCAAGACCAGAACUGAAUUCUUACAGUAUUCAUGUGCCAUCACUCUGGAUCCAAACACAGUUAACACACAGCUGUCAUUAUCUGAGGGGGACAAAAGAGCAACAUUAAUGAGAGAUGAACAAUCUUAUUCUAGUCACCCAGACAGAUUCAUCAGAUGGCGCCAGGUCCUGAGUAGAGAGAGUCUGACUGGACGUUGUUACUGGGAGGUGGAGUGGAGCAGGAAAAGAGUUACAGUGGCAGUCGCAUACAAGAAUAUCAGCAGAGCAGGGUCCAUGACUGAGUGUGCUUUUGGAUUCAACGACAAGUCUUGGGCAUUAGAGUGUAACAGCAGCAGUAGUUAUAAAUUCAUACAUAGCGGCAACAAAACUCCCAUUACAGGCCCGUGGUCCUCCAGAGUAGGAGUGUACCUGGAUCACAGUGCAGGUAUUCUGUCCUUCUACAGCGUCUCUGAAACCAUGACUCUCCUCCACAGAGUCCAGACCACAUUCACUCAGCCUCUCUAUGCUGGACUUUGGUUUAGUGGUUAUACUGGAGCCACUGCUCAGUUCUGUGAGCUAAAGUAGAUGGGCAACAUUUAAGAGGGAAGCCGGGAGAUUUUUUUUUUUUUUUUUUUCUGCUUAGAUUUUUAUUCCACACAUAUGUAACUGUACACCAGAUGUGAAAGAGCUUCCAGAAAGUUUUUAAAUCAGUAGCUUUCAUUAAUGGGAUAUACGGUGUCAGUAACUGUGGUAGAAAAUAACUGAAAUGUGUAUGUUGAAUUCUUGAAUCACUGUUAAAUCAUCUUUUGAUUAACUCAAAAGGUUGGAUGACCUCUGGGUGUAUUAGUAUCUUGAGCUAUGCCUUUUAGUUCUUAAUGGAUUUUGAUAGCUCCUCCUUGUUCAUCUUGGCUAUAAUACAUUAUACUGUAUUGAUGUGUGUGGAGUUGGCUUCCUGGUACUAAGACUAUAAAAAGCAAAAUAAAUUCAUCUUAAAACUGA